UUUCAGUCUAAUUUUUAUAGUGACCUUGAUUCCCACAUGAGGCAGCAGGGGCGCUGCGCCGUUGUAAAGCCCAGUGUGUUUACAUCGUCGGCUAGUCCUUUACCACACGCUGUGCCUUCUCUGCUCUUCCUUCUCUACCAGGAGUAGCCACUGAUCACCACCAUGCCAGCUAUGCCAGCAGGAAGCAUCUAUCAGCAAGGUCAAGGACCAAGCUGCUGGGACCGGGUCAAGCUGGGCUUUAUGAUGGGCUUCUCAGUGGGCAUGGCAACAGGAGCACUCUUUGGUGGGUUCACUGCCCUUAGGUAUGGGCUGCGUGGCCGUGAACUCUUGAACAAUGUGGGCAAGGUAAUGCUCCAGUCUGGUGGUACGUUUGGCACCUUUAUGUCUAUUGGUGCUGGCAUCAGAUGCUGAGGGCACAGGACACAACUGGCUUUAGAUUUGUGUUUCUUUCCCAAUUUAUGAUGACUGUUUAACACUGCUGAAACCUGGUUGGGGUAUACAGAUUAUGACUCAGCACAUAUAUUAGGUAAACUGAGUUUAUUCAUUGUGGAUUAGAGGAGUUAUUAAUAAAACCAGUGCAGUUAAGUAGACAGUUUAAUGAACAUAUAUCCAAUAGGGGAUGAUCAUUGUUAUUGUUAUGUUUGUGACAAUUGAAAAAGUGGCUUGAUGGGCAAGAUAUGCAUAUUAGUAUUUCAGAAUAUGGAAUUUAUACCUUUCAAUACAGAAAUUGCAGUCUUCAUAAAUGGAGGUACAAUUGAUGUUUACUAUUUUAAAAAUCAGGACACCAACUAAACUAUUUUCUCUGCAGGGUGCAGUAUUAUCAUUGUGAGGGUAUUGACAGUCAUGGCCUUAAAUGGCAUAUGUGAAUGGCUAUAUGGAUCAUUCAUCUGAAGCAGUGCAUCAUUUUGAUUGAUUAUUUUCUUUAGUCUUUGUUUGUCAUGGAAAAUGAGCUUAUUAAUAAGUGUUUUUAUUGUUUUCAGUUUAGUUAAAUGGAGAGGUGAAAGGAAGGAUGAUAAUUAUGUUAAAGUGGCUCCUUUGAAAUAUUGUUAUAUGAACUUCUUAAUUUUUGAUGGAUGAAACUUUUACAUCAGCCAUAUAAUCAUGAGAAUGACUGCUUCUUUUAUACUUGACAUAUUCCAAAAUGACAUAAGUAAUGUAAUGGAUUGACCUUAUGUAUUUACAAUAGGCAGUGCAUGUAAGCAGUGCAUUGUUCAUCUUUUAGGGUUUACAUUUUAUGUUCAGAAUCUAGUAUUGGCUCUAACUAGGGGCUAAGCUGUAUAAGAUGUAAUUUUUGAAGUGUGAUUAAAAAUGUAUAUACAUGUA